AUGCGUGUGGCCGUCAUCGGGGCCGGGGUGAUCGGCCUUUCCACCGCCCUGUGCAUCCACGAGCAGUACCACAGCCUGGUGCCCUCCCUGGAGCUGGAGGUCUAUGCAGACCGCUACACACCCCACACCACCAGCGACGGGGCGGCCGGCUUGUGGCAGCCCUACCUGAGCGACCACGGCAACCUACAGGAGACGGUCUGGAAUAAAGAGACUUUCGAUUACCUCCUGGGGCACCUGGGCUCACCGGCAGCGAAGGAAAUGGGACUCUUCCUCAUUUCUGGCUACAACCUGUUUACGCAGCCGGUGCCGGACCCAUCUUGGAAGAACAUCGUCCUGGGAUUCAGGAACUUGACACCAAAAGAACUUGAACUCUUCCCUGGUUACAGCUACGGCUGGUUCAACACGGCGCUGAUGCUGGACGGGGAGCGGGUGCUCUAUCCACGGCAGAAGACCUGGGCUCUGACGUGGGGCUUAGCAGGACUGAUCACCCUCGCUACUUUGAACGGUACAUUUGCUUUUAAUUUGCCGGUAACGAACCAACUUGUUCUUCCCAGGUUAACGCAGAGAGGAGUCAAGUUUUUCCAUAAGAAGGUCAAAUCUUUCCAGGAGAUGUUCGCCCAGGGCGUGGAUGUUGUAAUAAACUGCACCGGGGUGCGUGCGGGGGAGCUGCAGCCUGACCCAGAGCUACAGCCUGGCCGUGGACAGGUCAUAAAGGUCCUGGCCCCAUGGGUGAAGCAUUUCAUCAUCACUCACGACAUCAAAUAUGGCAUCUACAACUCGCCGUACGUCAUACCGGGGAGCGAGAGCACAGUCCUGGGAGGAAUCUAUCAGCACGGCAACUGGAGCGAAGAAAACAGCGCGCAGGAUCACCAAACCAUCUGGGAGAACUGCUGCAGGCUGCUCCCUGCUCUCCAG